UCCAAAUAACCCGCUUGAACGGCAAAAUACUGACUUUAGAAUGGACUUGAAUGGACCACAGCCCCGUCUUCCCUUCGAAUUAUAGAUAUAAGAAAUCAAAGGAUGAUGCAUCAUUAGGAAAAGUGGCCGGGUAAAAUUGGGUGCAAGAUGUGUACCAUGACCAUGGUUGAGCUUGUCGCCAUAGCGACGCUUUUAUUAGGCUUCCAGCAACAAGUGUCAGCAAGCUGCAAAUUUGACUUCGAAGAGGGGCCCAAUUCUCUCAGGGGCUGGACGCGUACCGGGGACGCUUUCAACACACAGCCAACAUUUGAUGACAAUCCUGCCGCGCGGGGCCUGGGAACUCCUGUGGGACUACAGGGGAACUGGUGGAUAGGGACCUACGAAGAUAGACCCAGCAAAGGCACCCCUGCUGGAAUGGUCCAAACAGAUUUUCCAAGAGGUACCUUAACAUCUCCUAACUUCGUUAUCACCGGUGAUGAUAUCAACUUUCUGAUUGGCGGUGGAUGUGACAAAUCAAAAGCAAGGGUAGAAUUACUCGUGAAUGGCGUCACGAAGCUAAGGACGUCAUCGCCUCGUUGUGGUGAGAAGAUGCAUCGGGUUCACUGGAAAGUGCACAAAUACCGAGGGAAACUGGCACGAGUUCGUCUAGUGGAUGAUUCUAGCUGGGGCUGGGGACACUUGAAUUUUGACGACUUGAGAGGCGAUAUUCGCUGUUUGGACAAACAUCAACCCGAAGAAAAUGUGAAGCAAAAACAGAUGCAGGAAGAACAAACCGGCGACUAUACGCUAAAGAAAAAUGAUGACAAAGCUGUUCAAGACACGAAUCUUGAAAAGCCGAGACUCGACAGCCCGCCGUCAUACCACAAAGCCCUCGUGAAAGAUGUUAAGCGGUUGGAGGAGAAGUUUCAAAAGUUUGUUGAAAUGAAUAACGAGAAAAGAAUACCAGCUACUCUAGAUGCCGUUCCAGUCACCCCUAAGCCUGUUCUAUCAGCAGAAAAACCAGUAGAAGGAGGCAAAGACGCUCGUCCAGUCACUAUCUACAACAUUAUUUACCCGCCAGAUAAACAUGAACAAGAAAAAGUACCUGCAAAUCUGGAAAACUAUCAAGCUCCAACGGAAAAAUUGUAUCAGAAAAACUGGCGAAAAAUAGCAGACGCUGCCAACCCUAUGACGUCAGCCACGGAUAAACCAGGAAAUAACGAAGAAAGCCCUAUUUCCGCCGGAAGUGACCAAGAGAGGACGUCUACUGGUCUUGUUAAUAUAAAUGCCCCGAAAGACGCCAAUAAUUUGAAGACAGAAAGACGCAUAAAGUUUGGCUUAGGGAAUCAAGAGAAUCCUGGAACUGUCCAAAUACAAGAGAACAAUAAUCAUAAUAAUGGUGCUACUACCGAUGCAAUGUCCCAAGAGAUAAAAAUAGAACAGCCAAAAAAGAUCCACCACGCUAAGCAUAGAUAUAGCGGUAACAAAGCUAUUCAUCGUAAGAAGCUGCAAGUGAAACAGCGAUUGGCUAAGAAGCUAAGAGGGGGAAGUUUUCUCGAAGCAAUGGUGACACCUGUGGAAAUUCCUGUCGCGGAGGAGACUGGGUCCAAAGACAUUCAUAAGGGCUUGCCAACAACUGGCAGCCAUGUGUCACCGAUUGUGUCGAAUGUCGAACCGAUUGUUUCGAGUGUCGGGCCAAUUGUGUCGAAUGUCGGUCUCGAUCAUUCAUUUCCAAGUAAGACCCCCUCAAGUAAUGAAGGGCUGAAAGAGAAUGUACCCACUCAGCAUUCACCUAGAAAAGCUUACAAACCUACAGAAGCUAGUAGAACGACCGUUACGCAGCCCAGUGAAAGAAGACACGAUGAUAUCAUACCGGAAGCUGAUCAGUCUGGGCCAUGGAAAACCGGAGGUGAAUCCCACUCAAGUAGUGCUCCUACUUCCGGUAUGACGACUUCAAUGGAAAACGAUCCAGAGGCUAUCGUGGAAGUGAUAACUCCAACUGGCGCAUCCAGUACAUCGACAGGAGCUAGGACCACUUCCGCCGGAAGUAUUGCACCAACCAGUGGUUCUAGGCCAACUGGUAUGACCACAUCCAUGGAAGAAGAUCCUGAAGCGAUUCAGACGACUUACUCUGGAAAGGGCAAACCAACUGAAAGCCAUGGUAUGACAACUUCUAUGGAAAAUGACCCCGAAGCAGUCCCAACUUCCGCUGGAAGUGCGACACCAACCGGAAGUGAGAGUAUAGCAACUUCGAUGGAAAAUGACCCCAAAGCAGUCAUAACUUUCGCCGGAAGUGCAGCAUCAACCGAAAGUGAGGGUAUGACUUCGAUGGAAAAUGACCCCGAAGCUAUUUCUGCCCAAAGAAGAAGACUAGAGACCCGAGCAAACACAGGGACCCCAACUAGGAAUAUGCGAAGUGCAAUGACAACAGAUAUGGAAUUUGACCCUGACGCAAUCAUCCCGACAAAAAGUUUAACAACGGAAAUGGAAGACGACCCAGAUGGGGAGCCUACCGGAAAUGUCACCCCAACCGGAAGUCCAGCUACUACAGAAAGAAUUACCGAAAACCAGCCCACGGCCGGAAGCUAUCACAUGCGGCCAAGCGGACAGACCACAAUGAUGGAGGAGGAUGUCAUGGGAAGUGAGGAAAUAAAGGAAUUUUCUCGCCCUAAACAAACGACUUCAAAACCCUCACCUGCGUCAAUAAAAUUCUAUGGAGGCGACGUUAAGAUUCCUGAAUCAAGUCUUCACUCGGUCUGGCCCGAGGAGCUCACAAUGGACAACCCUCGGCACGCCUACGGGACCGUCUCGGACUUUGACUUGUCUGAUAGAGGCAAGGACAUGAUGAGCCUGAUCGGUCCUAUCGCAGAGAAAGCGGCCGCUGAUAUCAGUAGAGAGGAAUUCAACCCGGAGAACCGCCACGACAUUGAAACGAACUCAGGUAGUAGCUCCAGCUCUUCAAAUGGCGGUUUGACGAAUACAGGAGGCUCAUCCUCAAGUAAUGGCGGGAGUUCAAACACAAAUGGUGGUAGUACGUCAAAUACAGGCGCGGGGUCAAACACAGGGGAGAACUCUGCCAGCGUCUCAUCAAUGCCUGGUCACACAAGCACCGGAUCCUCUACAGGGUCCGCAAGUAAUGGAAAUCUACCUGGAACUGGUCAAAUGGGUUCUCCUGGAACUGUUCAAACGGGUUCUCCUGGAAUUGAUCAUUCACAUGGAACUGGUCAAACGGGUACUCCUGGAACUGGCAAAGCGGGUUCUACUGGAAUUGAUCAUUCUCAUGGAACUGGUCAAACGGGCUCCACUGGAACUAGUCAUGCUGGUCAAACCGGUAAUACUGGUCAGUCUAUUACGCCUGUGACGGGGCAAUCUCCCAGUUCUUCUAUUGACCCUCACGUGUCUGUCAUCACGAGUCAGACCCAGGGAUCGUCAGGAGUGCCGGUGCAUCAUGGGAAUAACCCAGAACAAAUAUCCGUAGAGACAGGGUCAAAGGCAGGUGCACCGAUAACCAUCACAAUUCCACCCAUCGUGCUACCGCAAUCCGUCACCGCCAUUCCAAAUCUAGAAGGUUCCACAACAGACGGCUCACAGGGCCUCAUACCUCUACCAACCACCCAGCCGAUAGCGACCCAAACAACCACCGCACCUGGCGAGCAAGGUGCCGCCCAAGUAGGAACCUCUGGAGUUAUUACGGCAACAACACCAACGUUUGUUACUACACAUGCAACAAUUUCGACGACGCUUACGACACCGACGACACCAUCAACUACGCCAACAACAAUAACGACGAUACCAACUACACCAACGACGAUACCAACUACAGCUUCGACAGUUAUGUCAACGACAGUGACGACCAUAACGACACCUGUUGAGACAACCAAGAGUACCGUGAAUAUCCCCACUACGAUGGCGCCCAAUCCCAAAACAGAACUGCGGAACUUGAACUGUAAGAUAUUCUUAGUUGCCAUGAGAUUGGCGUACCCUUGGAAUCGCGAGCUCAUGUUUUCAUCUACUCCCACCUACGAGAACCUUAGGCACAUCAUAGAGGAGAGGGUUCUCGCGGUUUACGGAGAAGAGUUGAAUUUCCUUGGGAUACAGUUUGGACGUUUCUCGCGAUCCAGUGAGGACGGUACGACAAAGGCCUACUUUGUUCUUCGCUUCAACAGCAAUGGCGCGUUCCUUGCCAAACUUAUUGACGAGUAUGGACAGAACACCAUAUACGCGGCGGGUUGUUACGAUCCAGCUAAAAUAUGUCCCGCAAACUGUCCCGAGUCCUGUGCGCCUGCAUGCACGCCAUCAUGUUGUUCAGCGGGCUUACCCAAAAUAAUUACCGCCGCGCCUCCCCUAUCCAAGUGUCCUGGCUCCUGUUUGCCCGCAUGCGCACCUGGCUGUAAUCCGCUGUGCUGCUCUUCAACAUCGCUGCUUCAUCAAAAUCGAAUCCCCCCAAAUAUGGUGAUAGUAGAACCAGGACCACCCAUGCAAGACCCAAGCUUACCAGGGCCCAUAUUACCUGAUAUGGUCCCACUUCGCGUUGCUAUGGGUUACAAGAAAUCCCUUCCUUGCCCGCGAAGCUGCGAUAGAUAUUGUAAACCUAACUGCCCGAUCUUGUGCUGUCGAUCGAACCCGUUUCGAGUCAAAGGAAAAAAAGUCACUUGGAAUAAGUACACAAAGCGAUCUAAAGUUGCGAGACGAAAAAACCGUCAACGGAUUGGUUCUAGAAAGCACAAUUGAACGAAUUUUGUAGACUUAUUUUAUUUAUAGAAUUAAAUAAAUUUAGAUUGUGGAUUCCA